AUGGAUCCGUUGCAGCACCCUGCCUCAGAGGCUGUCCCCGUUGUCGCGGAGCCGCAGCCGCCCUCUGUAGAGGACCAGGUACCCGAGGCACCUGCACCGCAGGAGGCCCCCUCGUCUGAACAGCAGCCUCAAGAAGAUCCGGCGCUGGCGCCUGUCAAUGUCCAUGGGGAAGAGCCUGUUCCCGCCGAUCAGUCAGCUGGUCGAGUAGGCAUUGACAAUGGCUACAACAGCGACUCCAAGGCGCACUAUCACUCGCGUUCGACUGACUUCCACCACUCUGCUCCCGAAUACACCCAAGAUGCUGACCACGCGGCUCGUCUCACCUCAUCUCCACCAGUCAACCCGCAGCCUCAACUGCAUCCUUCCCGGCCUGGAUCUGGGUUCUCCAGUGGCCCGGAGCGACAUGGCAUGUCUCAACAGCCACAACCCGCGGAAGCUGCGCAACGACAGGCCGCUCAGGCCGCUCAGUCCUCGAAGAACAGCGUUGUCAUCAAGGUCGGCAUGGUUGGAGAUGCUCAGAUUGGUAAGACUAGUCUGAUGGUGAAAUACGUGGAAGGCAGCUGGGAUGAGGACUACAUUCAGACACUGGGUGUCAAUUUCAUGGAGAAGACCAUUUCCAUUCGCAAUACUGAGAUUACCUUUUCAAUUUGGGAUCUUGGUGGCCAACGCGAAUUCGUCAACAUGCUGCCACUUGUUUGCAACGACGCCGUGGCCAUUCUAUUCAUGUUUGAUCUUACCCGCAAGAGUACCUUGAACUCCAUCAAGGAAUGGUAUCGCCAGGGCCGAGGCUUCAAUAAGACAGCUAUUCCGUUCCUAGUCGGCACCAAGUACGACCAUUUUGUCAACUUCCCACGCGAGGACCAAGAAGAAAUCUCACUCCAGGCCAAGCGAUUUGCCAAGGCGAUGAAGGCUAGCUUGAUCUUCAGCAGCACCAGUCAUAGUAUCAACGUGCAGAAGAUUUUCAAAAUCGUUCUGGCCAAGGCAUUUGACCUCAAGUGCACAAUCCCCGAGAUCGAGAACGUCGGUGAGCCGCUGCUGCUCUACAAGAAUGUGUAA